UCCCGUGAAAAACAAACUAUCGUUUUGCUUAAGUAUAAAGAUUUAUUUAAUUAGUUAUUGAUAUGGCAAGUGAAAAAAAUAUUUUUGGUCAAACAAAUGAAACAAACUUACAUAAGGUCAUACGCAGAGUUGAAGAAAUAUGGAAUCGUCGUUUCAUGCAUUCCAAUUGUGUUUCAAAUAAUCCAAAUAAAGGACAAAUAUCAAAAAAGUAUACUAAAGCAAUUAUUAACGAAAAUAUUUAUCCUAUAACGAAUUCCAUUAUUCCAAAAAAACGCACGUAUCGAAAAACGAAUAAAAAUGAUAAAAUUAUUUCGGAAAAAUUGAAAUUGAUACAGCGAGGAGAAUUCGGAACACUUAUUAAGAAUGAAAAAUCUAGAAAAUAUAAAAAUAAAAUUUUAAAUUCAACAGAAAAUAAAAAUAUAGCAAUUUCAAAAGACAAUCCGCUAUUAAUACCAGCUGAAUUGUUAAAAAAGAGCUAA